AUGCCUUUAAAAUAUUAUUAUAUUGUUCUAAUUGGUCACACUCCAGAUAUUUAUAAUACUUUAGAAGAAUGUGAUGAACAAGUGAACAACUUUACAUCAUCCUACUAUAAAAAAUUUUCAACGAUAGAAGAAGCCAACGAAGAAUUCGAAAGAUAUCAAACAAGAGUUAAAAGAAAGCAAGAAAAAUUAAAUUCUGAUGAUAAAAUAAUUAUAUACACAGAUGGUUCUCACAAAAACAAUCAAAAAGGAUUAUAUGCAGGUAUUGGAGUUUAUUAUGAAGAUAGAAGUAAAGAAAUCACUGAACCUUUACCAGGAGACUUACAAACCAAUAAUCGCGCAGAAUUAUAUACAGUAAUUCGUGCAUUGGAAACAUGUGAGGAUCAAAAUAGAGUAAUUGAGAUUAAAUCAGAUAGCCGUAUUGACGGAAAUGAAAUAGCAGACAAAUUAGCAAGACGUGGUGCUACUAUUAAAAUGAAUGAGAGCAAAAAAUUAUCUCCUUACAAUGCAUUUAUGAAAACAAAUUUACCCUUUGUUAAAAAGAAUAAUCCAAAUUUAGAACAUAAAGAUGCGUUUAAAUUAGUCAUUUGGUUCUUCUCUGAAGAACGAAAAAGGCACAGAGCAUCGUCCAAGAUUAAGAAUAAAGAGAUGUCUCAAUCAUCAAACAAUUCAGAUAUUGAUAUUCAAACUUCUGUUAAUAAAGGUCACAUUACCGAAUACAUACAAAUCAAGUUGAGUGAUAAGCAAAAUGCUCUUCUUGACAGAAAGCAUCGAGACUUUUUGAAGCAACAUAAGUUUAUUCUCGAUAAGAACAAUAUCGUUGAAGCAACUACUAAAGAUUUUUUAUUAGAAUUACUUUAUCCUGAAGCAAAAUUAGCAAAUAUUAAAUUUAAAAAUG